AUGACCGACGACAAGACGGAGGUACAAGCCAGCGAGUUUAGGAGCGUGAAGCUACCUACUUUUUGGAAGGACGAACCCAGAUUGUGGUUCAUCAUGCUGGAGAGAGAGUUUUCGGCAUUGAAUGUGAAAGCAGAAGCCGUCAAGUGCUCCGCUGUGAUUCGGAAUUUAGACCAAGAAACGAUGAAAAUCGUUUUAGAUAUUAUUGAAGCUCCUCCUGAGAAGAGCACAUAUCAGAAUAUUAAACAGGCGCUUAUUGAACGUCUGGCAAAAUCAGACGAGGCUAACCUGAGGCGUCUCUUGUCUGAAUUAGAGUUAGGAGACAGGAAACCGUCGGAACUGUUGAGGGAGAUGACUUAA